AUGGACGCAGAGAAUGUCCCGCCGUCGAUCAAGAAGGAGAAACCAAAGGGUGCCGGUUAUUACUGUGUCAUGUUCAUGCCCACGGGUGACUUUGGCUGGACGACUGGCAAGGACAUUUCCUUGUUGACAGAGGAUAAAAUUACCAAAUGGUUGGAGAAUGGCAAAAAGGGACAGCUUUACAAGGGUUACGAGCUCGCCAAGAGCCCAGAAUCAUGGCUGGUCGAGAGGAAGAAGCAAUUGAUCGCCCAGGCUGAAGCAGAGGCUAAUGCGGAAGAGGACGAGCUACAGGCGGAGGAUGCAGAAAAGUCUAGCAAGAAACGCAAGGGUGCAGCGGAACCAAAGGCUUCGCGCAAGAAAAAGGCAGACAAGGAAGAAGAUUCUAGCUCAAAGAAGAAACGUGCGACCAAGAAGCGCAAAGCGGACGAAGAAUCGGAGGAUGAAAAGCCCUCGAAGAAGAAGGCAAAGAAAGAGGAGGAAGAGGACGAAACCUUUGCAGCACUAGCCAACGACCCAGAGGCAAUCAAGAUCAAGGAUUGGCGGCAUCAACUUCAGCGUGCCUUUUUGCGUGAUAAUGCCAAACCUGAAGCUAGUUCUCUGCCCGAGUAUGAUGAGACGUUCAACAUCAUCGAAAACUACCAGGGUCUAACUAUCCAGUAUCUUCAAUACUCCAAGAUUGGCAAGGUCAUGAAGAAGAUCUCCCAACUCGAGCCUUCGCACAUUCCAGACGACGACGGCCAGUUUCGAUUCCGCGAACGAGCUGCAAAGCUUGUCACUCAAUGGCAUCAGAUUCUCAACUCCAACGCAAAGCCAACCGAAGAGGCUACGGUCAAUGGCGCCGCGGACAAGAGUGAAGAUGCUCCGGCUGACCCAGAACCAACUGCCCCAGCUGCCGAAAAGGAAGGUGGUGACACUGUCAUGGCUACAGAUGCAUAG